AACUAGCUUAGUGCAUUUUAAAGAUUGUUUACAAUGCCCAAUGUUGUAAAAAGUUCUGCUCGAGAAAUGAUAUUGAAAGUGAAAAAUAUUGAAGAAAUACAUAACGUGAUAAAACUAACUGAAGAUGCCUUUGAGUCUAUUAUGGCGGAAGAUUGGACAGCUCAGUGCACGCAUGUCAAACAUUUAGAGGAGGAAUAUUUAUAAAAUGACGGC